AUGUUAAGGCUUCAGCAAUUUCUAUUUCGGUCACCACUAUAUGUGGUUGUCCUCGUAGUCACAGUGCUCACCGUCGAAGAUGUUCCACUACCGGUAUAUCCUGUUGUCGAAGCUGGAACUGUAAUGGGACUUGUUGCAACGCCCGGAGGAGCUGUAACUAUCGCAAUGGGUAGUGUCGUAACAUUAGGUAUUAUUGUGGUAGAUAUGGUAGUUGUUAAGCCUGUUGAUGCUCCAUAG